AUGGGAGGAGCACAUACCACUUGGACCAGUUUCUGUCACGAACUCAAGCACAAACUCGUUAGAGCCGACCACGAAGAGGGCGCCAAACAAAACUGGAACUUGUUCCUCAAUGAUCAUGGAAAAAGAAACCUACCCCAGGGAUACCCCUCCUCGGCUCUUCUAUACGAAAGCAGAAGAAAACGAAACCUCAUCGUCACAAGCCAACAGGAGCUGCUCCAACUACUACCCGGAAGCACAUGGCGCAAACCAAACGGAUUAGAGACGGUCAUAUUCCAACAAGGCGGCAAGUUCUACAAUAACCAUGCCGGGUAUCCCAUCUGGAGAGAAAACUCCUACCAAGUCGUCCCAUCGCAAUCACUAACAAUCACCUUGACGUGGUCCGUCGAUGGAUUUCAAACUAAUAUCAUCUUUGAAAGCGAUUUUGGCACUUUUCAAGAGGAACUCAACCCCUACGAUGGGCGCUGGGAACUCGUAGCGCUCAAGCAGCACACGCCGGGAUGGGGAAUCUGA